AUGGCUCCGCCCACCAUCAUUGCUCCAUCCAUUCUCUCCGCCGACUUUGCCUCCCUCGGUUCGGAAUGUUCCCAUCUAAUGAAGUCAAACAGUGAUUGGAUCCAUGUGGAUAUCAUGGACGGCCAUUUCGUCCCCAAUAUCACAUUUGGCGCUCCCGUUGUAUCCAAAAUCCGCCUGCAUGUUGAACGUCCCUCAAGGCGUCUUGGCAAGGGCACCUUUGAUUGUCAUAUGAUGAUUUCAGAGCCACAGAAAUGGGUGAAAGAUUUCAAAGAUGCAGGAUGCGACCUGUACUGUUUCCAUUAUGAAGCGGCCAUGACGUCAACCGCCGCAAAGGUGCCCGCUGAUAAGUCGACAACGCGCCGAACGAGUCCCACAGAACUCAUUCGGUACAUCCAUGAACAAGAGAUGCAGGCUGGCAUUGCUAUCAAGCCGGACACUUCCGUUGAUGUCCUGUGGGAUAUUCUGGAACAAAAAGACCCAAUGGAUCGGCCUGAUAUAGUCCUCGUCAUGACUGUGUACCCUGGAUUUGGCGGGCAAAAGUUCAUGGCAUCAGAAUUGCCCAAAGUGAAUGCGCUCCGGACAAGAUACCCCGAUCUCAACAUCGAAGUUGACGGGGGUCUUGGAGAGGGCACGGUGGAUCUCGCAGCGGAAGCUGGUGCUAACGUGAUUGUUGCUGGAUCAGCUGUGUUUAGCGCGCAAGAUCCGGCUAAAGUGAUUGCAAUGCUGAGAGACGCGGUUGAUAAGCGGAGGAUAUAA